AUGCAGCGCAGCAACUCCUUCGGCACGUCGUGGGCGGACCAGUGGGACUACGGCGGCGACCCGAGCCCGCGCGCGCGCGGCCGGCAGCAGGACGGCGGCGGCAAGAAGCAGGGCGGCGUGGAGAAGACCAAGGCGGCCGCGGCGACUGGGGCUGAGGAAGGUGAAGGAGGGCACGGCCAGCGGGUUCCAGUGGAUCAAGGACAAGUGCCAGAAGAAGGGCGGCAAGAAACAGGGCGCCCAUGA